AUGGGUUUGUCACUGCUUCUGUAUUUAAUAGUUAUCAAAUGUACAAAUGCUGCAUACUUUCACGAACAAUCAAGGAUUUACUUAGAACCUAAUGCUAAGUCCGCCUUGGGGUUUGGUUCAUCUAUAAGUUUUUUUAAUGAAACACUUUUGGUCGGCGCACCCUACGCUGAUUUGAAUGGGGCUGUAUUUGUGUGUCCACUAAAUAUUGUUGAAAGCACGAAAUCUAUUGCAUGCUCUGGCAUUUAUCUAAACGAUUAUGCAAACGAAUAUGACAGGUCAAUAUAUCCAAACCAACAGUUCUGUCUCGGAAGUUCAAUUGCAGCAACAAAAACCUACUUUGUGACAUGUGCUCCACUAUGGGCAAUGACUUUGAAAUUGCCCAAGGGUAGAUCUCUUGAUGGUCCCUUUGGUACAUGCUUUGCUUCAACAGGAUACAAUUAUACAAAAACUAAUCGUCUGGUUGAACACUACAUGAAGUCUCUGGAGUCCAAUCUUACGGAUGCUCCAAGUAAUCUUGAUAUUUACGGGACUUUUGGUUGGUCAACCUUAGUGGACGAAGUUAACAAGAUAGUCGUAUUUGCGAAACCAGCGAGCAAUCAGGGCUUAAGUAGAAUAAGUUAUCAACCGAUUGGAACUUCGGGAGGCUUCCCUAAACUCGUGCAGCAUAUAGAUAAGGAUUUAUUAAUGCUAUACAAUUAUAAAGGGCGAGCACUUGCUAAUGGUGUAUUUUUUAAAGAUCACAAAUCAUUGAUUGCGUUCAGUAUGGAGAAUGAUAGACGCAUAGGAGCUGUCGCUUUUCUCAGUUACAAAACCACAAGCGAUGUCUUGUCAAUAGUAAAAGACCCGAGCACGGAAAAGGCACUGCUUUUCAGAGAAGGUACAGUGGGUUCGAUGUUUGGUGCGGCGUUAUACGCUGCAGACAUAGAUCAUGACGGGUUCUCAGAUUUGUUCGUGGGAGCGCCUGGAUUGGCCUGUUGGGUUGGAAGCUAUGAGGUGGGAGCGGUUUACAUAUAUCUCGGAGGGGAAAAGGCAAGAUCUAGAACCAAAGCGAAUCUGUAUAUUUGUGGUAAAGAGGAUGGUUCAAGGUUCGGUGCAGCCAUUGCGUCAGCUGAUCUGGAUGACGAUGACUUACCAGAAUUGAUUAUCAGCGCACCAUACGAAGGAUCUGGCACGGUCUAUGUUAUCUCUGGCAGGGAAGUUAAAGAACAACUACUAUUUAAGAAAGAAAAUCUUUUAAUUAAAGAUUUGAAGACACAGGAGAUAAAAAUUUCAGACUUCCAAACGUUUGGCUACAGUCUUCAUGUUAUACAAGCAUUUGAUCGGACGCAAUUAAACGCUUUAGCGGUUGGCAGUCCGAACAGCCAGCGAGUUACUAUAUAUCGUAGUAUACCUUCAAUUACCGUAACAUUAAACGUAGUAGGUGAACAGGUAGUGCGUGAAUCUCACGAUAACUUUACGAUUCCCGUUAAAGUUGCAAUAACAUAUCCCAGAGCUGUCAAUGUGACAGCAAAACUUACCGUCAAAGCCAGCCUUGCAAGUACCAUGUUCGCCGAAAUUGAUGGAGAUACCGAAUAUGAACUGGAUAUUACGGAUAUGAGACCGUAUUACUUAAGAAAUGUUACAGUCAAAAUGAAUGACCACGAUCCUCACAUAUACAAAUUCAAAGCGGAAGUGAAAUCGAAAGAAAUAAAAGAUGUAUACGACAGUUCGAUUGUAAGACUAAGUUCAUACAGCAAAACAGAAAUAGUCCGCGAUAUUACACGCACCUGCGACGACGAUGUGUGUAGGCCUCGACUAUCUGCGACCUUUGAUUGGUCAGGAAGGAACGAUACAUACACAUUGGGAUCCUCUGAAGAGGAGACGAUGACGGUGAACGUGCGAAAUGAUGGAAAUAGCUCGGAUGUCUCCUGCGCAUAUAUCAAAGUCACAGGAGCACCUGUCGCCUUACUCGAAUGUGAUCAACCAGAGGAUUUGUGGUACAGGUGUAACUUAAAGAUCGAGAGACAUGAACUGAUACCCAUCAAAAUACGACUGAAUAUGAAAAGACCAACUAGUACGGACGAGAAGCUGGUGGUGGAGGUCAUUUUAUACAACGACUCUCCAAUGUCAAGGGUUAAAUCCGAGUAUGAGACGGAAACAAAAGUUAUACCUUAUAUAUUGAAUCCGAACGAUAUUGUUGUAAGUGGAUCGACUCGCGAUGAAAUUAUAACAGAGAGUAAGCUGAACAAUGAGAACACGACGAUUAAUAUCCACGUAUUGUUUACGGUUACUAAUGAGAGAUCAGUGCUAUGGAAAGGCGUAAAGGCUGAACUUGUAGCUACUGGCCACAGCUUUAUAGAAAAUUUUAAGGUGUUUUCAUCAGACUUCCAGGAAUGUUCUCUAUUGCAGAACUUCACAUAUCAUUGCAAUUUUGAUAUAAAACCGAACACAGUGGUACGGAUAGGUACGACGACUCAGUUAUUAAAAACUGAAACAGUGGAACAGUUGAGCAUUGACAAACUGAAAACAAUGACAACGCUGAUACUGACAGUAAGCAAUCGAUUGGAAUCUAAAGAGAAGAUAUUGACAACAACACUAUCAUACCGUAAAGAUAAAACAUUUGCCCAGAAUCAAACUUCAAUAAUAAUCGUCGCGUGCGUCGCUGCGGCAAUCAUUUUAGCACUGCUGAUUUACGGAUUAUACAGGAUGGGUUUCUUCAAGAGGGAGGAAAAGAAGAAACUAGAGCGAUUGAGGAGUACAAUUAGAAGACCUGCUCCCUCAGAACCUGGAAUAUCUGAUCAAAGACGUGAGUCAGCAAUUCCGUCAGAUAAUGAGGAUUGUACAGAGCUAGAAAUCAUCGACUGUUCGGAGGACCUCGUGAUGCAGAAUUUGCAAAGUUCAGAAACGGAAUCACGAGAUGAAGUGGCUCUUAUUGGAAAAGAAAAAAAGAUUAAUUAG